GCUAGCAACAGCCCAUCGUCUCUCACUAACUUGAAUGUGGCUUUUUUUUAAAUCUCCUCUUUGUUUUUAUUUUGCCUGAACUGAGCUCAGAUUAAAUCCAUACUCCGUAAAGCACUCAGACACUGAGCUGUGACAGCGGAUACUUUCUCCAGAACAACAGUCGCAGCCCGGCGGUGCUGUCAUCUCUACACUGAGUGAGGAACAAUGACUGAUGAUAACAAUAUUAGUCACAACCUGUCCGGGUUUCCCCCGAGUUUGCACAACGAGGACGAGGCUGUGGCGAUAGAAAAUGCCAUUAGGGCGGCUGUCACCACCGUGAUGAACGUGAUCUGCAACGCCUGUAACCGCAGGGUGGCGGAGUACCAGAGGAUGGUGGCCGACAGGGACUCAGAGAUCAGGAAGCUGCAGGGCAAGUUGGAGCAAAGUGAGAGUGAGGUGAAGAUGUUGCGUCUGGAGGUGGGGAGGAGGCCUGAGGAUGGACGCUCCUGUCCGGUCACACCUAAUGCAGGGGCACUACACCCUGGUGAGGCUGCCAGAGGCUCUAAUACCCAAAGUGUAGGUGCGGCAACACCCACACAAAUUUCCCCCAAGUGCCAUGACACAGCGGAGGCUUUUCCCCACCAACAUGCCCAGCCUGAGAAACCUUCAUGGGAGGGUGGAGGAGCAGCUGGAUGCAUCACCUCCCUGGUUAAAGAGGAACCCUCAGACUUGGAGACGGUCAUCAAAUGGGAAGUGUGCGAGGGGAGUUUGCUGGAGGGUCAACGUGGAGCUGAGUGUGUGCACAAGGAAAAACCUGCAAAGAGAGACAUGCAGACUGAGUGUGAGGCAAAAACUGCUAAUCCACAGACGAACAAAUUGAUGGCGACAGAGCAUGAGGACGAACACGCUGCCCAUCUGAAGAGGAGAGGGGGGGAAAGAAACGGAUACCACCUGCCUGAGAGUGAGGAAGAGGAGGUGGUUGUGAAGAAACCUUGUGUGACCCAUCCCUCUGCACCGAAAAUAACUGCUCCAAAACACAGUCUGGCAGAUGUCAGCUCCCCACAGACACACAGGCAGAGCUUAAAUGGCUCCCUAACUUCAAACUUCAGUGCUCAAGACCCUCUGACGUGUCAGCAGCAGACUUACAUCCCUGUGUCGGCUCCACAACCAACAUGUGAUCCAAUACUUCUAGAGGUCCUCGUUUCACUGGAGACCAUCAAACAACAGAACACCACCGUUCUUCAAAUACUGCAGUCGGGACACUCGUCUGCAGCGCCGCUCUGUGAACCUCCAGAUGUCGGGACACUUCCCCUUCCACUGCAGUCUGUACAGGACUUAAGAAGUUUGGAGCAAAGGCUUUCCACUGAGCCAGAGCUGAAGAAUAAAAUGACCUCCUACCUCAGUCUGGCUGGAGGGAUGACGACUAAAGAGAGUGUGUGGAGGAUAAUGGCCAAGCUUUUUACCAACACGUUGGCCAUAAACAUAAACUGGAGGGGAAGAAAUAACAAACAGAAAAUGGAGAACCUUACCAUCAAAAGAGUUAUCCUCAAUGCAGUCAGGCAGAAUUCGUUCUGCAAGGAUGCCGUUGAUGAGGAGAUAGAGAGCUACAUGAAGCGCUGGCUGCAGCUGGCAGCAGACCGAGACGGAGGACGGAAAAGAAGGCAAGAAAAGGGCAAGGAGGCAAACAGCAUGCAAGAUUACUGUGUGGACGAGAUGUUCACUCAUGAGAUGGAGUAGUGUAACCUACGUCUGCAACAGUGGCAUGCAAAAGUUUGGGCACCCCUGAUCAAAAUCUCAAUUGAGUACUUAAGUAAGUAGAAGAUAAACUGAACUCCAAAAGGCAUGAAGUUAAAGAUGACACAUUUCCUCAGUAUUUUAAGCAAGAUGAACUUUUAAUUUCAAUCUUUUAAAUUUUCAAAAUAACGAAAAAGGAAAAGGGCCUGAGGCAAAGGUUUGGGCACCCUGCAUGGUCAGGACUUGGUAGCGCCUAGGCUUCUAAAUGCUUGUUGUAUUUUCAGUUCUUGUUUGGAGGAUUUUCACCCAUUCUUCCUGCAAAAGACCUCUAGCUCUGUGAAAUUCAUGGGUCGUCUUACAUGCACUGCUCUUUGAGGUCUCUCCACAGAUUUUUAAUGAUGUUUAGGUUGGGGGACUAUGAGGACCUCAGCAAAACCUUCAGCUUGCUCCUCUUGAGGUAGUCCAUUGUGGAUUUGGAGGUGUGUUUAGGAUCAUUGUCCUGUUGUAGAAGCCAUCCUGGAAUUUAACUGAAUCCAUUCUUCCCUCUACCUGUGACAUGUACAGCGUGCCAUUGGAUGCAACACAAGCCCAAAGCAUGAUCGAUCCACCUCCAGUGUUGAACAGGUGUUCUUCUUUGCUCAUUGCAUCCUUAAAGUUCUGUUUUAACUUCAUCAGUCCACAGGACUUGUUUCCAAAAAACAUCAGGCUUGGUAAGAUGUUCCUUUGCAAACUUCUCACACUGAAUUUUGGGGUGAGAAUGCAGGAAAGGUUUUCUUCUGAUGACUCUUCCAUGAAGGUCAUAUUUGUAGAGGUGUUGCUGUACAGUUGAACAGUGCACCACCACUCCAGAGUCUGAUAAAUCUUCCUGCAGGUCUUUUGCAGUCAAACCAAAGUUUUUAAUUGCCUUUCUAACAAUCCUACGAGCAGCUCUCUUGGAAAGUGUUCUUGUUCUUCCAGACCCCAACUUGACCUCCACAGUUCCUGUUAAUUGUCAAUUCUUAAUGACAUGACAAACUGAGGAGGCAGCUUCCUGAAAACACUUUGCUAUCUUCUUGUAGUGGACAUCAGUUCUUUUAGUUUUCAGAGUGCUAGGCAGCUGUUUAGAUGAACCCAUAGCUGCUGGUUGU